AUGAGACUCCGCAAAGCUGCCCGCGUCAUUCUCGUCGGUGCCCCUGGUGUUGGAAAAGGAACGCAGUCCGAACGACUCCUUCAACGCUUUCCGCAGAUUCAGUCCAUUAGCACUGGAGACCUGCUUCGCAACAAUGUCAAGCUACGGACCCCUCUCGGCAUCAAGGUCGAAAAGACCAUGAAGUCGGGCGGGCUUGUCGCUGAUGAUCUGAUUAUGCGCCUCAUCUCUAAUGAGAUGUACAAGAACGGCUGGCUUCUCAACAGCCGCAGGAGACCGCAGGUCAUGACCUUGUCAACUUCCGCCGCCACGGUUGAUUCUUUCUACGAGGAGCAUCUGGAUGACUUUGUUGCGGCCACCGGAGCCUUUGACAGCCACGGGCCCCCCGAAGCAUCCGAAGACCCCGCGGCCUCUUUCAUCCUGGAUGGUUUCCCAAGGACUGCCACUCAGGCGGCGGUUUGCGACAAGCUGAUUCCGAUCAACCUGGUGGUAUCGCUCAAGACCCCGUUCAACGUCAUCAUGGAGCGCAUUUCCGGGCGCUGGGUCCAUGAGCCGUCGGGACGGGUGUACAAUACGUCUUUCAAUGCCCCUCUGGUUCCUGGCAAGGACGACGUCACCGGAGAGCCCCUCAUGCAGCGCCCGGAUGACACCGAGGCUGUGUACAAGGAGCGUUUCCGCAAGUUCCAGGAGACCAGCGAGCCUCUACUCGAACACUACGACAAGAAGGGCGUUCUCUGGGAGGUCGAGGGGAUGAGCAGCGACGAAAUCAGUCCCUUGCUCUUCGACGAGUUCGAGAAGCGCUUCGUUCAUUGA